GCGUACGUUCAAAGGCCUCGAAAAAAGAACAUAUCUUACCAUCUAAAAGUGUACUGUAAUAUUGGAAACAAUUCGAAAAUGUCUCUCCCACGCUGCUUUUUUGAUAUUGAGGCCGAUGGAAAAUCAAUUGGUCGUUUUAUUGUUGAGCUAAGGUCCGACGUCGUUCCAAAGACUGCUGAAAAUUUCCGGGCUUUAUGCACUGGUGAAAAAGGAUUUGGAUAUAAAGGCAGUGUUUUUCAUCGUAUCAUUCCCAAUUUCAUGUGCCAGGGAGGUGACUUCACCAGAGGCGAUGGUACAGGUGGUAAAUCAAUCUAUGGAAACCGCUUCGAAGAUGAAAACUUCAGUUUGAAGCAUACUGGCCCUGGUAUCCUAUCUAUGGCUAAUGCUGGUAAAAAUACGAACGGCUCUCAAUUCUUUAUUUGUACGGUUAAAACUGAAUGGUUGGACGGAAAGCAUGUUGUAUUUGGAAAGAUAGUUGACGGCCACGAUGUCAUUUCUACUAUGGAAUCGUUUGGAUCAAGCUCUGGUAAAACUAAGAAGAAGAUCAAGAUCGCAGACUGUGGUCUACUUUAAGAGCAUAACUAAAGAAAUCAAUACAUAGUACUAAGUUGUCUGAUGAUUAU